CGCGACGGAGCGGCGCGCUUGGGAGAAGACAGCUCGCUACUCACAGCCCGCCCGAUGGGACUUUUCUCCACCUUUGGUCUCACGUUUUCGGCCACCGGAUAUGCUGGCGUGAUCAAGGGGCUGGCCUUGUUCCCAUUACUGCUACCCGCGGCGCACUUUGCGGCUUACACAUUCGUCACAAGUCCGGUCUCUGACUCUGUGCUCGAUGCCUUGCCGGUGCCGGUAGCCAAGGUGCCUGCGCUGGUCGCGUUUCUCCUCGUUGCGCUGGCCGCCGGCUCCGGCCUCGUCGCCAUCGUCGCAAUCAACCUCCUCGGCGGCCACUACGACAACCACACGCCGCGCGUGCUCAAGGGGCCGGCGCUGUCCGAGGAGCUGCCCGCCGUCUACCGGCUCCAGUGCGCGCACAACAACAGCAUCGAGUGCCUCGCGUACGUGACGCCCGCCUUUUGGAUGGCGUCGGCGCACGAGCUACCGCCGCCCCUCUGCGCGAAGCUCUCCCUCUUCCUCCUCGCUGCGCGAGUCGCCUACAUUGCGGCGCGAGAUACAGCCGAGAUACAACCGACAACCGAGAUGCAGCCGAGAUACGGGCCGCACGCCGCCGCCCUGAACGAGGGCGCGUGCCCCGCGGCGCCCGCCUCCCCUCCUGUGCGACACGCGCCGCCUCCCAGCGACACCAACGACGCGCCUCCCGCAAGACAGCCAGACGCGCCCGCUGUGCCUGCUGCAGUCGGCCCCGGUGUGUGAAGAGUGCGUAAAGAGGCAGGCAGGAGAGCCAGACGCGCCCGCAGUCCUGCUGCGUGAUGCCUGCUCGAGCCCCCCACCGCCUCCACCACACGUACAACAUGACCCGUCCUCCUUCUCGUCGUCGUUUUUCCGUCGCCCCGGCAGGCGUACGUGGUCAACGAGGACUUUCUCCGCACGGCCUUCUUCGUCUGCGGCAUCGCGAGCAUCGUCGAGCUGUGCGUUGGGAGCCUCUUCCCGGAGACUCUCACCAGAUAUGGCUAUCCCUAGCCGCCGCUGCCACCGCCGCCGUGCAGUGCAUAGCUAGCGCGCCUGCCCGCCCCUGCCAACAUUCUCCAGAAUGCUGACGGCCUCGCCCCUGAUCCCGCCCAACGCGCUGACGCGCUCCGGGAUGUUCUCGCACUCGCCGUGCCCAGUGUUGUGCGAGGGAGCUUUGUUGUGAAAUUCUGAGCUACUGAGCUGCC